AUGAACAAGAGACCAACAUCGUCAACGGAUAUGAUUCGAAGGGAUCAAGCGGAGGCGCGGUCGCGGAGAUCCUGGGAGACGUAUAUAAAGUCUGCCGAAGUCGACUAUAGGCACAUUCAAGCAUUCCCGGUCGACACGAUGAAGACCCUUUUCAUCUCGCUUGCUCUAUGCGCCAUUGUUACCGCGGCUCCUCGUGAACGACGAGAAGCAAUCUUGAGCGGUCCCGGAUUUUACGGGGGUGGGCAUGGAGCUUAUGGGGGCCACGGAGCUUACGGUGCUCAUGGGGCUUACGGGGCUUACGGAGGUAUAGCGGGCUAUGGUGGACACGGAGUUUCUGUUGCCGGACCAUUGCUGGGAGCUACGAGCGUCGUGGGACCACACGUGGGUGCCACCGCCGUUUCCGCCCCGGCAACAGGACCGGCUCGAUUGUCCGGAUCAAUCGCUGGUCCAGCUCACGUAUCAGGCGCCGUGGCUGGUCCAGCUGUCGUGACCGCGUCAAUAGCUGGUCCUGCGCACGUGGAAGGCUACGGUGGUCCGUACGAUGGUGCUUAUGGUGGAGGUAAUUACGUUGGAGGUUACGGAGGAUACGCAGCUGCUAGUCCUGCUUACGGUUACGCAGGAUAUGCCGGUGGUCACGGAGGGCAUGGAGUGCUUGUAGCCGGACCGGCCAGCCACGGCACGGUCCUAGCCGGACCGGCCAGCCACGGUGCGGUUCUAGCCGGACCGGCUAGCCACGGCGCGGUUCUAGCCGGACCUGCCAGCCACGGCGCGGUUCUAGCCGGACCUCACUCCGGAAGCGCGGCUGUUUCUGGACCGCACGCUGGUUCGGUGGUGAUUGCCGGUCCUUCCGGUAAGAUCACGACUCACGGAAGUGGUUACGGUGCCGCUAUUCAUGCCGGACUCGGCCAUGGCCACGGCCACUGGUAAACACGCGUACAUAAAAUACAAAAAAAAAAAGAAAACGGAAGAAGAAUCGCCUUUCCAAAUUUCACGUCGUCGCGCAAAAGUAGAAUAUCGAUUUUUUCACGUCUUUUUUAAGGAAGCUUACAAGACAGUAAAUUAUAGAUAUUUAAAGUUGCUAUGUAACAUGACGACGCUCGUUACGCUUGAUACUAUUUCACGGUACGCUCAUAUACUUAUGUCCUCUGUGUGUAUGGAUGGAAUAAAUUUGCUUUCUUCUUUGAAAGGAGGCAUUUGUAAUAUAAAA